AUGAACCAAAGAUUUCUCUUUCAAGGUGGUUUUAAUGCAUCAACCAUUCUUGGCAACGACGGUAGGUACUUGGAGAAUUUGACGUUGUUUUUGGAGCCCGUGAUAACUAGCUCAGUCCGUAGUAGGUUUGUGAGGUGUUGGCACGCUAAAGAGGACGGCUGGGCGGCGUCUACGUUCCACGGCAACUGUGAUGACAAGGGACCCACUGUAACUAUCAUUCAAGUCGGCAGUUUUAUAUUUGGUGGAUACAGUGACGUAACAUGGAAAGCUGAUGGUGAGUACAUGUACCAGGAGAAUUAGGACUUGUUUUUUUUUGUUUGCUAACAAUGAAGAACGAUAAAGUGGUACAGCGGCUUUUGGCUUGAGUACAUGUACUGUUAAAAAAGGAGGGGUGUUUUUCUGCUUACGUACAACUCAAGGCGAGAAAGUAAUUCCUUAGCAAUCAGAAUUGGCCAUUUUCAUGAUGACGUCACUUGAUACAACUACCAGACGUUUGUUUUUCUCUAAUUCACAAUUUAAAUUAAAUUAUCCCGGUCAGGUUUAAAUCUUAUAAGAAUCGAUUUAGAAAUACAUUUUAAAACAAAAAUCAAUGAUAAAAAAGAAGCUUGUCUUCAUGUCAUCAUUAUCAAAGAGAGUAAAUACUUCCACGAAUCAUGUUAAUUUCUUAUCUUUUGAUAAUGAUGACAUGAAACCAUCGAAACUUCAAGUUACUUUUUUAUCGUUGAUUUAAGGUUUAAAUCACAACAUCAAUAAACAAAAUCUUGCAAAAUUUGGUUUCGCCCUCUCCUUAAACAUAACAUAACAUAACAUAAUCUUUAUUUAACGUGGGAGAAACACUUAGCUAAAGCUAUUUUGCAGGUUUUCCACAAAUCAAUAUUAAGAAAGAAAGAAAGAAAAUAUGUACAUAGAAGUGUAAAAAUAUAAAAUAUCUGGCAUCUAAAAUUACAAAAUUAGAUAACUAAAAUUGAAUGUUCCUCACUUGUUUGUUAAAUUCUAGUCCUCCAGCUCUUAAUCGCAAUUCGUUUGGAAUACUGUUCCAUUGUUUUGCGGCGAAAAAUCUGAAGGAGUUUAAUCCAUACUUUGUAGUAUUUACUUUUGGCAGUGAUAGCGUAUUAUUGCCCCUUAAAUCGUACUUGUCUCUUAUUUUAACGAGUUCCUUAAUGCAAGUGGGGGCGGUGCCUUGAAAACAGGCGUUUAUAGUUAUUAACAUGUCCUGGACACGACGGUUUUCCAGCGUGGUUCCUAAACCUAUUCGCUGUAGCAGUUCAUAAUAAGCUGAUGUUUUAUCUUUGUAAACAUAUCUUAGUGCACGCUCAUUUACUUUGUCUAUUUUCUUUGUGUUUCUCGAACCACAAUGAUGCCAUACCUGACUGCAAUAAUAAAAAUGAGGCAGAACAAACGCUCGAUACAGUAAUUCUUUGACCUUGCACGGAAGAAUGUUUUGUAACCUAUUCAGCGCAUUUACCUGCCCCCAUACUUUGCGACACACGGACGCAACAUGUGCAUCAAAUUUGAGCUUGCUAUCCAACGUUACACCUAGUAAGUUAAUCUCAUUUGACGUGGGUAUCGUUUCGUUAGCACAUUGAAAGUUAAUAUCACAACCUUUUGCGCCCAAAACUAUUGCCUGAUAUUUUUUAGGGUUGGGCAUCAUGCCGUUUUCUUUGAACCAUAGCCUUGCACUUUCUAAGUCCCGGUUAAUUCCACCUUCUACAAUUCGAGGUUCGCUAUGUGAUAGAUAAAUCUUGGUAUCGUCAGCAUAAUUUAACAUUUUGGAAUUUUCAAUCGUAUACACUAAAUCGUUCAUAAAGAUGUUGAACAACAACGGUCCGAGAAUGUUGCCCUGAGGUAGGGUACAAAAACCAUUAAGCUGCCACUGGAAAGAAGAGGACGGCUCUGGUCCCAGCCCAAUUUUACUGAAUUAUCUUUAAAGUUCUCUAACUAUGAACUGCGUACUCUUUUUAAUGAAGUAAAGUGUGGCUUAAGAACUACUCCCCGGGUCACGGUAAUAAGAAGGAUAAAAAGUAAAAUUUUCCUUUGCAAAAAGCAAGGUAGUUACAUCUAUCAACAUUCAUGAGCAAAAUUACCCUUAAAAGCUCAAUGACGCGGAAUCAAGUGGUUCAGCCAUGCAGAGGCUGAAUAAAAUGUAUCAGAUGCAUGUGUGAUACUGUCUGUCAUUUUUAUGGACUUCAAGUAGGUUUCAGGCUCUGCAAUUAUUAGAUAGAGCUGAAUUCAGUAAAGAUAACACUUUAUACAUUCUAGUUUGUGUAAACUUCUUUUCAGGGCAAAAGCAGUGCUCUUUUCUACUAACACUGAGUGAUUCCAGUUCAGAGAGAGCUCCAUUCAUGUUGAUAGUAGUUUGUUACUCCUCUAAACUGCCUAAUCGCAUCCUAAUCUGGUGUUCCUGGGGCACUAAGACAGAAAUUUUGGAGCUAUCACGGGUGACUGCAAAUUAGCCACCCCGUUUAAUUUUAUCGGAGGCACCUCGGCCGGGAAACUGGACUCCUUUCGACUCGAUUUCGUUUGCGUAAUUUUUCCGUAAGUAACGAACGCAGAGCCGUAAUCAGUGAUUACCUCUAGUUUUCUAGAAUAAUUUUCCCUCCUCCACUAAUUUCAAAGUCAAUACAGUGCAUUACUGUACUCAGUAAGACAACAAAUGGACGUGGGGCUCAUAACACUUUUUUAGGAACAUUGAAAAAUUUAUAGAAAUAUAGCAAAUUUUAAAAAAAACAGUAAUGCACCGAUUGUCUAGGAAUGUUUGUAUUUCAAGCCGGACUUGCACUCACUAUUUUAAACUGAAGUCCGGAUCAUGGAAUAUUCCUAGAAGUUAAUUUUUUAUGACCGCCCUUAGUAACGUCAGCAACAAUUGUAAAAUAUCGUCAUUGUCUCCCAGGUUCGGGAGGUAUUCGACGCUCAAGUAAAGCCUAUAUCUACUCAUUGACCAAUAACAAAGGUUCUGGACACGCUGAGUACAAUCCUGUUAAGGUGGGAGUCAAGAGUGUUGAGCUCAGACCUUUUGCUCUAAGAACGUCUGAUUCAUAUGGACCAUCAUUUGGCGCAAAUGAUAUUCUCAUAUCAAACAACGCUUCAAGUAACACGGAUUCUGAAACUAAGUGUGGCACCAUUUACGUCCUCCCCCCAGGGUAUUCUUUAUAUGGUUCUAAAUGUAAAUUCUAUGCUGGAAGCUACAGAUUCACGCCAACAGAUAUCGAAGUAUUCUAUGAAACUACCACAUAA